CCGGGAGAUCAGUGCAUCAAGGUUAGCUUCACCUGUGAGUUAGGAAGCGAAAAAGCGAUUAAAUUUCAAAUAGUUUAUGGAAUUUUUCUCUUAUUCUUUUGGCACAAUGGGUAAAGAGAGAGCUCUGCAAAAGUAAGACUUAAUCCUGGUUCCUCUUUAGUUGUUCAUCUCUGCUCUUUUGCCCUGCAAUGGAUUCCCUGCUGAGCUAAUUUUCCUCUCUUCUUGGACCGACCAGAUGACACCCUGAUUCCACAGCAAAGAGGAAACAAGGCUUGCACAUUGGAAUACUCCUGUAGAUUUAAGUAAAGUUUUGACAGGAAUUUGGGGUCUUCCUGCAGCUCAAGGUCAUUUACCUCCCUUCUUCACUGACAAGGACACGUCCCAAAUUGGACAAUGGCUUUGAUGGUGGUCAAGUUUGACCUGAAAAAGCGAGUGAAGCUUGCUCAGACCGUCUGGUUUAUGUACUGGUUUGCUGUUCUGGCUGGUAUCCUCGUUCUCAGCUUGGGUUUGUUCUUCAAGAUAGAGCUUCGAAAACGCUCAGAACUGAUGGACAACAAUGAAAGUCACUUUCUGCCCAACUUGCUCAUACUCAUGGGUCUCAUAGCAUGUGGCAUCAAUGCGUUUGGAGGCAAAGUCUGCUACGACUCUCUAGAUCCUGUCAAGUUUGCCAAGUGGAAGCCCAUGCUGAAGUACUUCUUGGUGUUCUGCGUGUGCUUCAACGGCCUGCUGCUCCUGACUUCCCUGCUUUGCUUCUUGAUGAGGAUCCCUCUGCAGUUUACCCUUGCUGAGGGAAUAAAAAAUGGCAUGAGGUACUACAAGGACACGGACACUCCAGGACGGUGCUACAUGAAGAGGACUCUGGACCUGAUGCAGAUGGAGUUUCGAUGCUGUGGAAAUGACAAUUUUAGAGAUUGGUUUGAGAUCCAGUGGGUCAGCAACCGCUACCUUGACUUCAGCGCAAAGGAAGUCAAAGAUCGCAUUGGGAGUAAUGUGGACGGCCAAUAUUUGAUGGAUGGAGUGCCGUUCAGCUGCUGUAACCCCAGCUCCCCAAGACCCUGCAUUCAGUACCAGAUGACGAACAAUUCGGCCCACUACAGUUACGACCACUACACUGAGGAGCUCAACGUGUGGAAGAAAGGCUGCCGCGACGCCCUGCUGUCCUACUAUGGAGGCAUCAUGAACACCAUAGGAGCGCUGGUGGUGCUGGUCACAAUGCUGGAGGUCGCUGUGACCGUUGGCCUACAGUACGUCAACAGCUCCCUGUCCACGCUGGCGAACCCGGAGGAAGUAGAGAGCGAAAGCGAGGGCUAUCUGCUGGAGAAGACGGUGAAGGAGACGUUCACAGACAUCAUGGCUAAAAUGAAGGCCAUGGGUAAAGGCGGUAAAGUGGAGGAAGGUGGGGAGGAAGCUGUUGCGACAGUGAGUUGAGCGUGAACUGCAGCUGCAGGAACCAUGAACACUCCCAGCAGUGUGGAAAAAAAAAAGUUCUCUUUCAGCUUUUAUUUUGUAGUCACUAUCAGCUCCAACAUAUGAUAAUGACUUCAUUUUAAACAAGCUGAUGACAAAUGGACACUUUUUCAUAUAGAUGAUGGAUAAGACCAACGCCAACUUUUCCAGUUUCCGCUCAACCCUGUUUUUCAUGAAGCCAAUUGUAGGAAUUCUGUACAAAUUGUGGAUUUUAGACAGAUUAUAAUCUCAUGCCACAUGUACUGAUAAUUUUUCCAGUUAGGAUUAGGAGUUCAUUUUUACUGAUUUUUUCUUUAUCGCUUAGUUUGUGGGGUUGGUGGUUGCUAUGCAAUUCCCCCUCAUGGAUACCAAGAGAGCAGAUACAUUUCAAUUUGUUAAAUUUAUCUGUAAAAAAAUGGAAGUAAAAAUUGGCCCCUAUUUUUACUGCCAUUGGGCUCUUUUUAUCUUUGAAUCCUGGAAAAAUGGAGUGAAAUUUUGUCCACGUCAGCAUGAAUUCCUGCGGGACGUGGCUGAGGAGCAGGCUGUGGGCAAUUCCAAACAUGCGGAGGAAAUUGGCAGCUAAAUACGGGCUCCUGCAUUCUUUAAAGUUCCCUUACCAUCAAUUAAUGACCAUGUAUGUAUGUAUAUUAUUAUCACUGGGUCUUUGUACAUAGUGUAGAAAAAUUAUUUUUUUAAAUAUUGUAAUUAAGCUAUAUCUUUUCUUUAAUUCUGAGUUGAGUUUUUUUUUUUUUUUUUGCAGAUGAUACUUUGGGGUUUAUGUGUUGAUGAUGUAGGAAAAAAAAUACAAAUAAAUAAAGGAUUUUAGAGAUGA